GCCACCUGCUAGAAGUUUCAUGUCAGCCUCCCUCGUUGUUCUUUUAUAAUUAUUUUCCUCUCUCCUUAUCUCCCAUCGUGCCCGCACGUUUCUUCUUCCUCCCGCUCCUUCGCCCCUACAUAUAACCCCCCUCCGCGUCCCACCUCGCCCACGACCAUGCGCUCCUCGCUCGUCGUCCUCCUCGUCGCCGCCCUAGCCUCCUCCGGCGCCCUCGCCGCACCCGGCCCCGACCUCGAGGCCCGCGCCCCGGUGCCCUCUAAGCGCUUCGAGGCGCGCUCCCCCGCCCCCUCCAAGCGCGCAGUCGUAGAGGCCCGCGCUCCCCAACCCUCCAAGCAGGCGGUCGUCGAGGCCCGUGCCCCGCAGCCUUCUAAGCGCGCUCCGGCACCCCAGCCCUCCAAGCGUGCCCCGGCGCCCCAGCCCUCCAAGCGCGCGCCCGAGCCGGCCCCGCAGCCGUCCAAACGCAGCAUGCUCGAGCAGGUCGCCAUCUACCACGAGGACCUCUCCGCCAAGUUCUGCCCCGCGCCGAGCAGGGCGUGCCCCGUCGGCCGCGCGAGCAAGAUGCCCGAGUCCCUCGCAGAGUGGGACGGCGUGGAAUUCGAGUGUGUGGAUUUCAACGAGGAUCUGAAGGCGUGCGGCGGGUGCGGGAGCGUCGAUGCUAGCCAUGACUGCACGACGAUCCCCAACGCCCUCGCAGUAGCCUGCGUGUCCGGCGCUUGCCAAGUCACCUCUUGCAAGCCCGGCUUCGUGCCGUCGCCCUUCACGCCCGGCUCCUGUGUCCCCCUCUAAUCUUCCCACCACUCCUCCGCUUCAAAACCCAUAGACUUCUUUCCUAAACACUUCACUUUCACAUACCACCACCGCCACCAGCCUACCAUAUGCUCCGAUUUAUUGCUUUACAUUUACACCGACACUCGCCGCCGCCGCCACACUGCAUCGCCUAGACCCCUAGAAGCUACCGUAUGGACCUUUAUAUUUAUUCGCGCGUAGUGUUGCUUUGAUUCUUCGGAGACGUUGGUGCUCCCGUCCCCCUACCCAUUCUAGACCCCCACUAUAUUCUUGGACUUGAUAUUUCUGGUGAUGAUUGAUGAUUAUCUUGGACUUUCGUCGCGGGUUGCUGUUGGACGUGAUCUUGCUUGCCAUCCACGUACCCACCCACGCAUCCACCAUCCAUCACUACCAUCUGUUCGCCGUUCUAGUUGUCGAUAUUUGGUGUAUAGGUUACGCUACAGUACGACAACUACUGGGGAGGCGCAAUUCCGGGUCGCGCGGCGAGUUGUUUGCAUCUGUUUGGACUCUGCAAGAAAGUGGUC